AUGUACUUCUUCCUCUUCACACUGUCUUUUGAUGAUAUCUGUUUAAUCUCUUCUACAGUCCCAAAGUUUGUUGUGGGCAUCUUGACUCACAGUAAAGUCAUCUCCUAUGUGGGCUGCCUGAUACAGAUGUCUUUUUUUAUGCUAUUUGCUUGUACAGACAGCAUGCUUCUGACAGUAAUGGCCUAUGACCGUUUUGUGGCAAUAUGCCACCCACUGUAUUAUGCAACCAUUAUGAACCCUCGCCUCUGUGUAUUGUUGAUUUUGCUCUCUGUCUUUUCUGGCCUUCUGGAGUACCAGCUGUGCAACUUAACUGCUUUACAACUUUCCUGUUUCCAAGAUGUGAAAAUUGCUAGUUUCUUUUGUGACCCUUCUCAACUCCUCUAUCUUACAUGUUCUGAUGCCUUAAUCAAAAAUAUAGUCACAUAUAUGAUUGGUAUCCUAUUUGAUUUUUUUCCCUUGUCGGGGAUCACUUUCUCUUACUAUAAAAUUGUUUCUGCCCUUCUAAAAAUCCCAUCAUCUGGGGGAAGGUACAAAGCCUUUUCUACCUGUGAUUCUCACGUGUCAGUUGUUUGCUUGUAUUAUGGAUCUGGCCUUAGAACGUAUCUUGGUUCAGCCUUGUCAUACUCUCCCUGCAAGGGAGAUGUGGCUUCACUGAUGUACAGUGUGGUCACCCCUCUGCUGAAUCCCUUCCUUCAUCUACAGCCUGAGGAACAGGGAUAUUCUUAG